UCCUAAAGUCAGAAGUGAAAAACAAUGGGUCGAACCACUUAGCGACUUCAGUUGUAGCAAACGCUAUCAACGAAUCUGCUUUUAUUGCUGCUCCUAUAGAGCUCUAUUCUGCAAAGUAUUAUUGGACUUGUGCUCUUGGUGGAACCGCUGCCUGUGGAUUCACGCAUGCAUUGGUGACGCCCUUGGAUCUAGUCAAAUGUAGAAAGCAGGUUGAUCCAACUAUCUACAAAAGCAACUUGGAUGGUUGGGUUAAGAUCCACCGCGAGCAUGGUUUCGGUACGCGCGGUCUGUAUACAGGAGUUACGCCUACAUUUAUUGGAUACUCGUUUCAAGGAGCUGCAAAGUACGGGUUCUAUGAAUUGUUCAAAAAGAAAUAUAUAGAUUUAGCUGGUGAGGAAACAGCCCAUAAGUAUCGUACUACGCUUUAUCUGGCUGCCAGUGCAAGUGCUGAAAUCCUUGCAGAUAUCGCGCUAUGUCCUUGGGAAGCACUGAAAGUAAGAAUGCAGACCGCAACGACGCCGUUUGCUACGUCAACAGUCGAGGGAUUUAAUAAGAUUCUCAAACAUGAGGGCAUAAGUGGCUUUUAUAAAGGCCUGACUCCUCUCUGGGCACGCCAAGUUCCGUACACAAUGAUGAAGUUCGCCUCAUUCGAACGCACUGUGGAAUUUAUUUACUCAUAUUUGAGUAAACCCAAACAUGAAUAUAACAAAUUACAGCAGUUAGGUGUUUCUUUUCUUGGUGGAUAUAUAGCAGGAGUGUUCUGUGCUAUCGUCAGUCACCCCGCCGAUACUUUGGUGUCCAAGCUUAACAACGUCAAGAAAGCUGAAGGCGAGUCGACAGCUGCUCUUUCGCUACGUCUCGCAAAAGAUCUCGGUUUUACGGGCCUUUGGCGUGGUCUUGGUACACGUGUGAUUAUGAUUGGCACGCUCACUGCCCUUCAAUGGCUCAUAUACGACUACGUUAAGGUCUACGCUGGACUUCCAACUACAGGUGAUCGUGCACUCUUGCGCUCAAUUGCGUUGGCAAGGAUGAGAGGUGUAGGAUCGGCCAUUGCUGAGACACAAGACUAUGUCGACUGGCUGCUUUAUUCAUACGACGAAGAGGAAGAAAUUGAACAGCUGCUUGACGAAUUAUUCUAUUAUUAA